AUGUCUAAUAUACAACAAAGAAAUCAAAACAAAGAAAAUGUUUUGGUGAAUCUACCAAUUAUUAUACUUGGUUAUAUUGUCAAUAGAGUGCACGAUAACAUUGACAGGAUAUGCUUAAGCUUAGUUUGCAAACGUUGGUUUGAAGAAAGAAAUAAAUAUCUUUUGUUCAAUACCGAUACAAUUAACUUGCUUGAGAAUCAAAAUGUUAGUAAUAGAUGUCAUUUAAAAUCAUAUCAAUAUAUCUAUUCAAAGUCAUUGGAGUUAAAGAAUGAUGUAACCUUCUAUAUUGGUAAUAAAUACUUUUUUAGCGGUAAAUAUGACUAUUAUCAUGAUCAUUUAUUAUCAAAAGAAGAUUCAAUUCAACGAAAUGUAUCAACUAUAAUCUUAGAUAAUAUUGAAAGAAUGAAUUUGGAUUUCGAUCUUCUUAAGGAUGCUCAUAUUGAUGCCGAUCUACUUUAUAAGAUGAUAUCGAAUUCCAAUGUUACAAAGUUGUAUGGUUGUCGAACACUGAAGAGUAAACUACCCGAUCAGAUCAGUGAUUUAUCAUUCUACCACAGAUUCAAUGAACAGUUGACCAAUGAGAGUUUACCUCUGAAUAUUAAGCAUAUUGCGAUGUGUAGAUAUUACGAUAAACCUAUUGGAUUAGGUGUUUUACCAGAUGGUUUGGAGAGCAUUACGUUUGGAUAUCUAUACAACCUACCAAUUGAAAAAGAUACACUACCAACAUCUCUCAAAUCUUUAGCCAUCAAUAGUGAAUCAAUCAAGUUACUUGAUUCACUCCCACCCAACCUCGAAGUUCUCAUUCUCUCAGGCGGAGUACCUAAACCUAUCGAUUCAAACUUUCUACCCAUUACCAUUCGUUCAUUACAAUACAUCUCAGUUUAUUGGCUACCUUACUUAGCCAAUCUUCCAAAUCUUACUUCGAUAUUACUCUUUGAUAUAUUGAUGCCUGUUGUUGAUUGUGAGUUUCCACCAAACUUGACAGACUUGGUUUUUGCAUCUAAAUAUGUAAUAUCAGUACCGAUGCCACCAUUGAUCAGCCAUUUAAACAACUUUCAAUUAGAAGUUGGACCGUUACCUGCUUCAGUCAAGCAUUUGAUAUUGGACAAUUUUCAAAGCAUCAUACCUGGAUCAAUUCCGAAAUCAUUAGAGUCAUUGGAGCUACUUAAUCUAUACAGACAGGAUAAAGAAAUACCAAUUGGCUUGAUACCAGAUACUCUUAGAUCAUUAAAAUUAGAAUACUCAGAGGAAAUAAUAUCAAGUAUUCCUCGUACUCUGACCAACAUUAUCUUAAAAGAAACAGAAAAACACUAUGAAUGUCACAUUAGAAAAUUGGAUCAUCAUUAUCUCAUGUUUGAAAUUAACAAGAGAGAAGAAGUUAUUGGAGAAGGAGAAGCUUCUUCAUUCUCCUUAAUGAUUACAGAACUAUAA